AUGGCAACCUGGAUGUCUGACGAGGGUCUUGGGACCAGAGAGUCAAUCUCAGAGGCCCAUAUUCUAGUCACCGAGCUUUAUAACCCAGCGAACCAACGGGACCCCACCAGAAUUAAUGAGAUUCAGACCCGCCUGCAGCAACUUCAGAAGACUGAGAAUGCAUGGGCAAUUGCCGAUUCGCUUCUGCAAAGUGAACAUUCUGCCCAGCAUCGUUUCAUGGGAGCCCUUACAUUCACAGUGAAGAUCAAUGUCUCAUGGAAUGAAAUCAACCAACAUUCGGCCACGGAGAUCAUGCAGCACCUAAUCAAUCGCUUUGUUGCUUUGGUAACCAAUGGUGAACAAGCAAUGGUUGUGAGAAAGCUUGCCUCAAGCUUAGUUGCCAUUUUUAGACACCCUGUCACACCAUGGAAACAAGCUAUUUGGCAGCUGGCUGCAAGCCUCGUCCACGGCGGAUACGUAUCUGAAGAAGAAUCACGAAGGGUGGAUUUCCAGGAGCGGAUACUGCCAGCGUUGAGCAAGAGUGGAUCAGGUGCACUUUUGUUUUUCUCAAUUGCACUCGCUGAGGAGGCCCUUCGACUGGACUCUGAACCCCAGGAUGGGACUGGAGAUACCUCAGCUAUCCAGCGAGCCAUACACAACAUUAAGGAUGGGUUGCUUUUGGUUCAGUUUGUCCUCAGGGAAAUCACGCAGCAUGCAAAGGCAGCUGGGGAUGAUGCGGUCGACCUGGCAUUAGCGGCUGAAGCCAUGAACUCGUGGAAGACAUGGUUAGGUGUUCAUGGAAAUCGCCAACGCUCCUCUGCUGAAGAUGUAAAUGUCUUGUCGGUCCGAUGUGGCCAGACCGUCAUUGAGACAUUGAGGGUACCUAGCUUGAGUGAAAGCGCAGCUUCUAUUUUGACCCAAGCCUUUGAAACCCGCCGCUGGGCCUUCGACGACAACUCACUGUGGCUCGUCUCUGAAAUUCUUGCUGAUUCAAUUGUAACGGUCCACAUUUCUGCGGUGAGAAGCGGCGAUGAAGGAACGGAGAGCAUGUCGUUCGUUGAUCUCUUGAUUGCAUAUGUCUCGCAUUUGCACAUAGAUAUAUUCAGCGACCCCAUGACCCCACAAAAUGCGGCUAUCCUCACACUUAUCCACGGGAUUUUCAAAACCCCUGGUUAUGCUUCCAUUGACGAUCUCGGAACCCCACGUGUCUUGGAGUUUUGGAACGACAUUGCAGAGAGUCUCCCCGAUCAACUUGAACAAGGCAGCUCUAGAUAUGAUUUGGUCAAGUCGCAUCUAGCUGAAGUAGUCUUGGGUCUUUCCAGCAAACUACUUUAUCCUAAGUCCGAAGAUUUGGAAGACUGGGGCGAGGAAGAGCGAAGUGAAUUCGGUGCCUUCCGUCAUGAGGCCUGUGAUUACUUACUUUCCGCAUACCCUGUUCUCGGUGUCGAACUGGUCACUGUCUUCCAGAGAAGCGCCACGUCCUGCCUGGAAAGUCGGGACUGGCGGAAUUUCGAGACUGCCAUGUUCUGCAUAGCUCAACUGUCAGAGGCAGUAGAUGAGAAUGGCCACGCCGACCAAUGUCUCGACGCCAUCUUUGGCAGCGAUGCAUUUGCCAGGCUCUGCGCAGGCGGGGAGACUGGAAUGCCGCUCAAGGCUCGUCAAACCCUGGUGGAUUCAUUCGGAAAGUAUGAAUCAUACUUUGAGCGUCACAGUUCAUUACUUCCGGGUGUUCUAAACAUCCUGUUCGAAUCACUCAACUUCGAGUUGUGUGCGCACGCGGCUUCAAGGUCGAUAUUGACUCUUUCAAAAUCGUGUGCUCGCGUCUUGACGUCAGAUCUUCCCGCAUUCUUAGAUCAACUGGACCAGUUCAGAACCAAGCCGACAGCAACUGUCUCCACCAUGCCUAAGGUUCUGGAAGGAAUUGCGACCAUCAUACAGAGCUUACCUAGUGACCAGGAAAAGGUACAGACGCUAGAGAGAAUUCUCGGCUUCUUUGUUCAGGAAGCUAACACAGCACGGGAAGAGGUUACCGGUUCUGCUCAUGAAUUUGGCCGUCUUCGCGGACACCUUGUGUUGAGCUGCAUUGCGAGUAUCGGAAAAGGCCUUCGCUCAGAGAGCGAAGUCAUCGAUAUCGAGCUUACAAAGGAAGGAAACCCAUAUCCUCCAUCCUUCUGGAACUCUGGACCAGGUGCCGAAGCCCAGCGCCUGAUCAUGGAGGCCAUGGGACUUUUGAUUGUCGGUUUUCCCGUGGACAGUAGCAUCAUUGAAGCAGCCUGCGACAUUUUGAAAGCUGGUUACACCGAGCGGGCAGGGCUUUUUGUCUUUCCACCCUCUAUGACAGUGGACUUCAUCAAGAGCUUUCCUCUCGGUAUCUCCGGGACAGAUGUUAUCAUGGCAACCGCCUCGUCAUUUUUGGCAUCUCACGCUCGGCAUGCGAUGAAUAUCCGCAGUGAGGCCGAGGCGCUUAUCGACCAUGUAGCCCAGCUCUUUUCCUCGAUGCUGCAGAAUCCGGAUGUAUACGACCCAGAGACCGCCAAUGCCGGUAUUGAUUUCCUCACACGACUUUUACCAAAGUACUACCCGAUCUUGUUUACUCCUAUGAAGUCAAAUCUGAGCGCAGAGUCUCCCCUCGCUGUGCUACUUCAUUUCACGCUUCACGCAUUGACACGACCUGAACCACUUCCUCUUCGAGCCGCAUCUGCAUUCUGGGUUGCAUUAAUAGAUCUCCGCGGCAGCUCUCCGGAAGAAAUGAACAUACUCGAAUCAGUCCAUCAAGAGUUUAUUCCACGCCUGUGUUAUACAAUCAUCCAGCAGAUUGCUGGGCGAUGCGCAAGAUCAGACUUGGUCGCCCUGAACGACAGCCUGCGACGCACUGUUUUCAAGAAGAUGGCAUUGGCGCGCCCGGCUCUGAAAGCUGCGCUCGACUCUUUGGACGCCCAGGUCACAGAUGCAAAUGGACAAGUGCCACUCCUAUCGGCGCAAGACAAGUCGCGGUUCUUGGAGUCUCUCGCCAUUGCCCGAGGUAGUCAGAAACCGUCUCUGGAUAUUGUGCGGUCCUUCUGGUUGAAAUGCCGCGGGAUGAAUUUCGAUUAUGCCCAGUAA